CUCCGGGUCCUGGACAGAGGCGGCUUGCGUUGACAGCGGUUGUUGGUACUGACUGAGCGAAGUACGGCGGCACAAAUAUCGGUCUGUCUGCGUGUUUUAAAAAAAAAAGUGCUUUAACGCUUGUAAAAGUUAACACCUGCAAGCAUGCAGUCCGAAUCGGGAAUAGUUCCCGACUUCGAGGUCGGAGAGGAGUUUCAAGAGGAGCCGAAAACGUAUUACGAACUGAAGAGUCAGCCCUUGAAAAACAGCAACAGCCCGUCGGACCAGCACAGCUCGUCCAAGCCCCCGCUGAGCUCCUCGGCCAUGACAUCACGCAUCCUCCUGCGCCAACAGCUGAUGCGGGAGCAGCUUCAAGAGCAGGAGCGGCGGGAGCAGCAGAGACAACAGGCCUCUCAGUACCCACAAAGCACUGCGGCACAGACCCCCGCUAUCAAUGUCAGCGUGCCGGCCAGUUUGCCACCUUCUGCACAGGUGCCGAUGGAGGUAUUAAAGGUCCAGACUCACCUGGAGAACCCGACCAAGUACCACAUCCAGCGCUCCCAGCAGCAGCAGGUCAAGAGGUACCUGGGAAAACUUGGCUCUCAGGCAUUGAGCUUGCCCUGCCACAACCAGUCCUCUGACCACGGGGGCAUGCCGCCAGGGCCGGGCAACAGCGCCCCCAACAGCCCUAUGGCCUUACUGACCCUGAACUCUAACUGCGAGAAAGAGAUGGAUGAUGUCAUUGAUGACAUUAUUAGCCUGGAGUCCAGUUACAGUGAUGACAUCCUCGGCCUCAUGGACCCUGGGCUUCAGAUGGCUAACACGAUCGCUGUUCCUGCUAACCUCAUGGACAUGUAUGGUAAUCAGGGUAUGUCCCAGCAAGGUCUGCCCAUCAGCAACUCGUGCCCCGCCAACCUGCCCAACAUCAAAAGGGAAUACUCCGUGUCACAGUCCCCUGCCAUCAUGCAUAUGCUGGAUAAGUCAGGAUCCUGUGGCAAGUUUGACAACUAUCAGAGGCCUGAAGGAUUCCCCGUGGAGGUGAGAGCAAUGGCAAAGGAGAGGCAGAAGAAAGAUAACCACAAUCUGAUUGAAAGAAGAAGACGGUUCAACAUCAAUGACAGAAUCAAAGAACUGGGAACUUUAAUUCCAAAAUCCAAUGAUCCGGACAUGCGCUGGAACAAAGGCACCAUCCUGAAGGCCUCGGUGGACUACAUCAGGAAGCUGCAGCGAGAGCAGCUUAGGACCAAGGAGCUGGAGACUCGCCAGAAGAAGCUAGAGCACGCCAAUCGACACCUGAUGUUGAGGAUACAGGAGUUAGAGAUGCAGGCGCGUGCUCACGGUCUGGCCAUCGCAUCCUCAGCCCUCUGCUCCGCUGAACUCGGGGCCCGGACCAUUAAGCAGGAGACCGCUCUGGAGGACUGUCACCAGGACCUGUACACACUCCACCCCCAUCACCAACACCACCCAGCCUGCACUCCAGAGCCGCCCGGCACAUUGGAUCUAAACGAAGGUCACUCAAACUUCCCCGAGGGCCACUACAGCGUCCACGGCAAGCCGGGCUCCAAACUCAACGACAUCCUCAUGGAAGACACCUUAUCCCCGGUGAGAGGGGGGGACCCUUUGCUCUCGUCCGUCUCCCCGGACGCCUCCAAGGACAGCAGUCGCAAGAGCAGUGUAAGCAUGGAUGAGAAUGAUCAGGGCUGUUAGCACCCCCUACUGGAGGACACCUCGCCUGCAUCUGCAACCGCCUCCAUCUUGCUGUUUCUGUCAGCAGCUACUACACUCCCAGCUGCUGGAGAGGUUUCUUUUAGUUCGUUUUUAUUGUUUUGUUUCCUUUUGUUUACAUGUUUUGAUUUUUUUUUUUUGUUUGUUUUUUUUACAAUAUCUUUUAUCUUUUCAAGCCCUUAACCUUGCUUUCAAGGACUGAUUAUGAAGUAAUUUUGCUUUAAUCAAUACUAUGAUGACAAUGAGAUACAAAAAUAUAAGUUUUUAUAUUUAAAAAAAAAAAGUACAUUUAUCUUUGGAUAGAGGCUAGAUUAUGUUUAUUUCUAUUGAUUCCAAAGAAUCUAGGGAAGUGAUAAAUCAUGGUCAGAUGUGUAGAUAUUAAAUGGUGAGAUGAAUGCUUUUUAAAUCACUAGCAAUAAUAGAUGACAGACAAAAAUCUAUUUAUUACUUUAGUGCUUUACACUUCCUGUGUCUUAGAUUAAACUUGAAUGUGUCGAUGCCUUAUUACGAUGUGUAUACAUCCAUGUUGUCUUGCUAUGCACACGUUUCUGCUGUUAGCUGCGUCUUUGUCACGCUUCCAGUUGAAAUCUCUCCCCUGAAAAACAUUAAUCGUUUUUAGAUUUGAUCUUAUUUAUGUAUCUAUAUGAACAGGACUUUAUGUACACAUUCCCUGAAACAAAAAAGUUGAAAGUAUAACAAGGCAUUUCAAAGAACCUUGUGAGAGAAUAAUGAAUACAAAUGAGACGUUUAAAUGUCUCUUUAAACACGCUUAACUAGGGCCCGACCGAUAUGAGAUUUUUGGGGCCGAUAUCGUUAUUGGGGAAAGAAAAAGUCUGAUACCGAUAUAUUGGCCGAUAUCUUUCUUAGAUCCAUCUUCGACCUGUAGAGAUAGAUAGAUAGAUAGAUAUAGAUAUACACAUUUAUUGCGGUGAUCCCUCAAAUGCAGUUAUCAAGCACUUGUGGAAAAGAUAUAUAACGAAGACAAGAUGGUCACUCAACUGGAAAGUUACUGUACAUGUGUGUGCAUCACCGUGUCUAGUGUAAUACCAAGAUACUCAAAUGAAAUGCGAUCUGACUGGGGAAUAAAUCUCGUAAUAUCGGCGCAUAUCUGCGAUUAAAUUAGCCGAUACCGAUAGUCACUUGAUAUGCUAUUAUCAGCCGAUAUUAUCGGCUGGCCAAUUAAUCGGUCAGGCUGUACUCUUAACAUUAGGAAUUAAAUUUUGAUGAAGGCAUAUUUCAGGCUUUAUGAGCAAGAAGCAGCACAAUGAUGGAUAAAUCCUUUGACCACCAGUGCUGAUUAUUCCGCAGUUUGUACGUGACUUUUUAAUAAUAUAAUUCUUACUGCAAAACAACCAAAACACUGAAUUAAGCAAAGAAUGCAAUAAAUGAUUUUUUUUUUUUGUGUAUAUUUAAGUCUGCAAACUAUGAAAAUCGUGUCUCAAAUCAAAGUUAGAACACAUGCACACAAAGCUGAUUUCACUCCAUAGAUCUGAUUGUUACAUAAUCCAGUAAUUCUUAUAAUAAUCUGAUUAAUGCCAGAAAGAUGAAUCACUUCAGUUUUUUUUGGCACUUUUUUUUUAUUGUAUUGUUGUCUGCAGUGAUCGGACUGAACUGAACUGCUGCACCCGGUGUAACACUUCAGCCAUGUUUUGAAACAAGUGCUCACUUUUUAUACUUGUCCAUCCAUUUCCUAAAUUAUUUUUUUUACAGCACUGCGGUGACAUUUCACAUCCAGUAUGCUUUUCUUUUUUCCAUUAUGUGAACAUUUGUAUUGCCAAGGAGUAUAAGGAGACUGCUUUUGUAUGAAAUGCAUGACAUUGUCAAAACACUGGAAUGUCCUCUUUGUAAUGUGGUUUGUACGCCUUUUCUUUUUUUUUUAUCGAAGCAUAAACUUACUAUUGUACUGGCUCUUUAAAUGCAGACUGUAGACUCUUUCAGUGUGCCGUUGUUCUUCUAUUUCAGCAGUUUGUUUUCAGCAGUUGUAGCACAAUGCAUAAUAUGUAUGCCUUUGUUAAAACCUACCUGCCAUACAUCGCGAGCCCUGUUAAAAGCACAGCCUCCAUUUUUUUUGUAACUAUGCAACGGUGGUAGACAAUGUGAUCUCCUUAUGAAUAAGCCUAGAAGAAAAAAAGACGUCAAAGUAAUUACCUUUUUCAAUUGAUUUAAGUGCCUUACAGUCGUGUAUUAUGUUAACCUGUUGGUGGUGGAGGAGGAGGAGUUUUAGACAAUGAUGCAACAUUUUGUUGAUGUUUAAACCGGUGUUUGGUGCUUCAUGGUUACACCGAAGAGGCACCUUAGAAAGUCAAGGAAAGGGCCUUUUGUAAGAACAAGAUAACGCUUAAAGCCUCGCAGACUCAAGAACCACGAGGAUGGGUUCGUUAUGAAGGACUCCUAAAGUGUUCAGUAUUAAAUCGCUCAUUAUUUAAUUACUAAUCAAAGAUGUUGAUACGGUAGAUUGUAUAAGUUAACCAAUGAAUUUGAUAAAUUAUUGAUGAUAAUUAUUCAAUGUUAUUUAAUAAUUCAUAGAAAUACUCUUUUUACAUUUGACUUAUGUACUCGUGAUUAUUUAUUUCACAUAUCUUCAUUUGAUAUUGAACACUUUGGGAUGGCUGUGCAUUCUGGGUUUUUUUUGUGUGUGUGUUUUUUUAUUGUUAUGAAGGCAGUGUUUUCAAAGUUGAACUGAAUAUUUCUCACUCUCUUUAGACUAGCAUGAAUGUAGCUCAAAGUGAUGACUGCCAAAAUGUGUUGUUGCCAAAAAGAAAUCAGACACAGUGACUUUAUUUAACAUUAUGAAUUGCAGUUUUUUUUUACAGUGUAACUAACGCACCACCUCUUCUGUUACUGGUGUUACCCCUCCUAGAGUUACCAUACCUGGAACAUGAUGGCAAUCAGGUCAUACAUACUACACACGGGUUGCUUUCACUGUGAAAGAUCAAUCCUGUUCUUAGUAAAAGACGAUUGACUAAAAAAAAAAAAAAAAUGAACUCAAGAUCUGCUGGUAUUUCGAAAAACUUUCAACUGCCUCUCACCAUGGAGACAGCAUGGAUUACAUGAAAACCAUGAGUUGUGGUUGAAAGUCUGUAAAAAGAUAGAAAGUGGACCUUAAAUGGAGAUUUUUUUGUUAUAGGUAAUAGUGGCCCUUCUAGCGACACCAAUCCAACAUACUGAGCCUUAACAGAGCAAUAAAGACAGGUCUACAGCACUGCCAUUUGACUGAACCCCAGAUCAGCUUUCUUUCUUUUAUUUACUGAAUAGAUCAACCUUGAAAUGUGACAGAUCGGAGGGAACAUCAGCAUCACAUUAUGGGUAAACCACUAAUGAAGAACUAUCUCUCGUGCCCACUCUCAUUCCUGCGGUUCACACUGAAGUCGUCCUCUGCUGAUGUUGCUACUGUUCUUAUUGUUACACUUUGUAUGACAUGAAUGUAGCAAUAGUUACUGUACGCACUGGUUUCAGAUUAGUGAGUUGGAACUUGUUGGUACUCAAAAAUGUGGAACUGUCAUGUGAGAAAUAUUAAAAGUUUUAUUUGAAUGUU